AAUCCGAUGUUUUGGCAACCUGUUUGAGUUUUUAAUUUCUGUUUCUAUUAGGAAGGCAACACAUUGUGAAAGGAGAUCAAAUGAAACAUGAGUAGGAGCAUGCUACCGUGCUUUUCUCUUGCUGCAUUUAUUUCGACGUGAGGGGUUCGUUGAAUGGAGUAAAGUUCAUUGUAGAAGGACACUCGUAGAAAGAUAAGAAAUGAUCCCAAGAGGUGGAGGAGGUUUGGAAGCAGGUUCGCCGAGGAAAGGUUGUGUUUCUGUAGCUAUAUCAAGAGUUGGUUUGUCAAAUCAGCCAUCCCGUAUCAGCCUAACUGGUGACGAAUUUGAUGGUGUAAAUGAACCAGAAGGAGCAAGAGCACAAGCUCUUGAUGGUGCUUUCUUUGAAGCAUUCUCGUCUGUUGAUCAAAAGCAGAAAGGUCUGAUAAAGAAGGCAAAGAAAGAAUCCAAAAAACAGGCAGAGACACUCAUUGAGAAGCAAGAAGCAGAUACAAAUUCUGUAUUUUAUCCCUUGUUUUCAAAGGAUUCAUUUACACUUAAUCAGGCCAAGCUGAUGUAUGAAGAGCUGUUGUAUGUAACAAGCCAUCAACUUGGAAAAAGAAAGGUUGGAGCCAAUGAAAUAAGUCCUGGUGAACUAAUAGUAUAUGGGCAAGAGGCCUUUGGUAUCAGUAGAGAUGACCAUAAAAAGAUUUACAAGAAGGUCAGGGAUAGAAAGCCUCCAAGGACAUUUGCCAUCGUCACUGUCGUGGAAGCAAAAAAUUUGGAGGCCAAGGAUGCUAACGGUUUGAGUGAUCCGUACUGCAUGUUGGCAAUCUUAAAAGAUACUGAAGGGAGAAAGACGAGCAAAGAUGGAAAAAGAAAUAAAAAAAUAGUCUUGCGAGAAAUUCGCGAUGAAGAAAGCGUGCAAAUAAGCAAAAUAAAAAUGAACACAUUGAAUCCUGUGUGGCAUGAGCAGUUUUCUCUCGAACUUCGUGACAUCAAAAAUGAGAUCUUAAGAAUCGACCUCUGGGAUAAGGAUGAUUCGUCAGUGUUUCUGGAUGAAGACAAUCGAAUAACAGCAAUCAAGGGUUUCAGUGGCUUCAACAGGUUUCUGAAAGAAGUUGCACAGUCUACCAAAUGUGAUUUAAAGUCAAUGGAUGAUUUCCUAGGUCUUGUCGAAGUCUACAUGCGGGACAUACCGACAGAUGGGCUAGAGGAGGAUUUUGAUCUUGAACCAAGGACCCAUAAGUCACAUGUUCAAGGCACCUUGAAACUGAAAAUAAGGCUCUCAGCUGAUCAGGAAAACAGAGAGCCGAUCGAUGACGUCACUCUUUCUUCACCAAUGAAAUUCCAAAGGAGGCUACUCAAGCAGUUUUUGAGACACGAUUAUGACCAGUUCUUUAAUUCAGGGGAGUUCAAGAACCAAGCUUGGAAUAUGCAGUUGUCCGACCAUGCCACCUAUCUACUAAAACAAUUUACAAUCCAAGGUUCUCUGACGCCCUACCAAGAAUCUGUUGUAAAGCUUGAGGUGUAUUCCAGUUGCAUUCAAGAUGUAGUUAUACCAAUGGAGCCACUUAUAAGCUUGAUCGAGUUUGUAAAAAGCUGUGGAAAGAAGAAUGAAUUGGAUGAAUAUGAGACAGAACUUUUCAUCAAAUCAGUGGAUGAUUUUAUCACAUACUCGAUGGCGUUAAUAAGGAGGCACUGUUUGAUUUUUCCGCCAACAGGACCAGACCAAUGUCUUCGCCUCGGACAGCUACUUCUAUGUAUGCUGAAUUUAUACAAACUGCCCUUGUUUAAAACUACGUAUCCGGAUCGAAGGAUAUCACGUGAGCUUGAGAGUGAACUCAAGGCUGGCAUGAAGGAAUGGUAUAGUCUGGCUAUUGCUUAUAAUGAACCAUUAGAGAUGAGUGACCAAGCGAGGUUGGCCAGCCUUGUUGGAGUAACAAAUUCUCUCACAGUCUUUCUAAACGCUGCGAAAAAGAAAUAUGUCCGAUUAUUUAAGCCCACGGGAGUCGAUUACUAUCCUUUGGUUUACACUGAGCUUGAAGCUUUGUUAUCAGAAACCGUACAGCCAACUCUGCAGGAUGUGUAUGACCGUAUGAAGUAUGGACUGGAGUAUCAAGACUAUGGAACAGCUCUCUUUGAAGUUUAUUUGUCUUUGAAGAAUUUCAAAGAAAAGAAAGAUGUUAUACCUGAAGAGGACAGGAUUGCAGGACCUAUUGACUCUUACCACGAGUGGUUCAGAAUUGCCAUGACAAAGUGGCUGGAUCUUGCAAAACUUAAAGCCAUUAAGCGAAUCAAAAAAGCUGUUGAAUUAGACGAGGUCAGAGUUGUUCACUCCAUGCUAAAGCACUCUGCAUCUGCUGUUGAUGUAACGUGCUGUUUAGGCCAGAUCUGUGCCUUCUGGAAUAAAUUGGAAUGGCCUGACAUAGCUGGCUCAUACGUUUUUCUUACACAAAUCACCGAUAUUGUUGCAUCCUGUGCGAUGGAAUACGCUGAUAUUGUUCUUGAUCAGCUUGAAAAAGAAAGCUACUACGAAGGAAAUGCUAACGAAUUCGAUGUGAAAGAAAAGCUUUGCCUUACAAUGAAUAACCUGGAACAUGUCUUGCACUUCCUUGACUCCAUACCGGACACGCUGAAUUUUGAAGCAUUACUGGCGGAGCUUGGCAAAGAGCAUGGCGAAGGGAGAUUGCAGAGCCUCAGAGAAACUCUCGAUGACGUAAUCAGCUGUGCUCAAGAUGACAUGCGACAAAAACUCGACCGCAUAAUUGUCAAAACUGGUGAACGUAUGAAAGAUGAAAUAACGAAGUAUCUACAUGAUAUCUGCAAAAAUGCUUUGAAUGAAGAUGACCCAUAUGAGCUAGCUCAUGGUGUCCUGUCUUACAUUGACCACAAUCUUGUCACCCUGAAUGAAAGCCUAUUAUUGCCAGCAUUUAAAAGAUGUUUGAUCCAUGUUUGGGAAGUUUUCUUGUUCAGCAUGGAGGAUGUUGUUAGAGAUACGUCAAGGCGGGAUCCCAAAGUAUUUGCAAUCCUACAAAAAGUUCUUCAUAUCGCACAAGAUUUCUUCCAAGGUGGAGGCAACGGCAUUGAAAACGAGCUCAUCAGCUCGCACACUCUUCGGAGUAUCGACCGCUUGCUAUCACUGUAUGCUUCUCCUUCUGCGGAAAUCAUUGAGAAGUAUUAUAUUGAGAAAUGCGAAGAACAGGCUAAAACUGAUGACACUCUUGGAGCAAUAAACUUCAAAAUAUUUUAUUCGCAAGAGAAUAAAGCAUUGCAUGUUGACGUGUUAAAUGUCCGAGACUUACUGCCAAUGGACAGCAACCAGCUAGCUGACCCAUAUGUUCAGCUCGAGCUGGUCCCUAAGCACAUGUUCAAGGGGCAGGCAGAAAAGCGAACUCGAGUGCAACACGAGACGCGGUUUGCCAUCUUUGAUGAGAAUUUUAGCUUCGAAGUCCCUGAGGAGACAUGCAAAAAGCCUGGUGCCACUCUGUUGCUGACUGUUUACGACAGGGAUCGUUUUCACGAGAACGACAUCGCUGGCGAAGUUUUUGUUGACCUGUAUCACACUCUUGGGUUAGAACAGAACAUUUCUGGUGGAUUCUGCGUCCUUCCACAAAUAGAACUUCCACUCAUCCACGGGUCUCUUAUUGGGCAGCCAUUUAAAGUGUUGAUGGAAAGAAAGGAUGCAUUGGCAAGUAAUUUCGUCAAGCUGAGAAAAGAAAAAUUCAAGAAAAUGGGGGAUAGCCUGGCAAAAUCAAAAGGAAGGCUAGCUCAAUCGAAAAAAUGAUAAAUUGUAGAAACGCAACAGUUUAAACUGCACCCGAUUUUGAAGCUAAAAAGUUAUUUUUAAGUUGAAUGUGUAUGUUUGGGGGAUGGAAUCCUGCAAUUCUUGGACGCGAAGUAAAUAAUAUUCAGAAUUCUCAGUAUUUUAAUCUCGCUUUAAUUUCUUUUAUUGAAUAAGUUGUAAAAUUUGCUAUUAAGGAAAUUUCUCUUCCUCGUCUAUGUAUUUAGUUUAAACUUAACAGUUAUGUUGCCUUAACGUUAGAUUCAUGCAGAGGCAGCUAGAGUAACUGUCCUUUUUCAGGUUUAAGGGAGGACUGAAAAGAUGCUGUGUGUUAAGUUGUUUUAUUGAUGCACGCUGGAUUUAUCCUUAUUUAUGCAAAUAAAUGCAAAUGGUAACUGUUGCUACCUUGGUAUUUUUUUAUUUCAUUUAGGUAGCUGAAUUGUUUUUGUGCUGGUAGUUAACAGCAUAAAGUUUCAGCGACUUCCCUUAACAUAUAGCUGAAAUGAGCUCGGUUUGAUAUGCAGUAGUUGUUUAUUGUUGACGUUGCAUCAACAGCAGUAGCUAAGAAUAUCAGUUCUAACGAAGCCAAUCUCCUGUCGAUUCUUGCAAGAAAUAUAACAGUAAUCUAAAUAUUAAUCGUUUGAGCAAGGGAAGCAAUUAAUCUUUGUAAUCCUUUGCCAAGGCCUAGCCAUGCCAGGUUUUGAAUCAGUUCUAUACUGGUUAACUAUUCAAUAGCCAACUCCAUAAACUUCCCUGUAUCAUUCAGCAUUUUUUACUGCUAUGCUUUUCUUCUAAAUUAUCCUCCUAAAUUGAAUUUGUCUAGAAUAUUUUAAAAUUUAUUGAAAACCCAAGUAGAAAUCUGUCUGAAUGAGCCAUAUAUUUGUCAUAUGAAAUAAUUUGAAACAAAAGAAGAAAAAUGACAUUCGUUCACGUUUUUGAGUAGAACAAUUUAAAUGUACCUUGGUGUGUCUGACUAAGAAUUUGGUGAUAGAGGGGCUCUUAAACAGAUUUUCCUCAGCAAACUUUGAUGACUUUAAGACUCAUACUCAGGUACUUAGAAAGGACGAAAAUGCAAGUUUUUUACAUUAGAUUGGUUAUGCUAUCCUUCUCUUAAGAAGUAGUUUAGAAUUGUUAAAUGAUGUUAAAGAUAGUGAUGCAAUUGUUGUUUCUGUAGGAUUUAAGACAUUUCAUAGCCAUCUUGAAGUUUGUCAUUUCACGCCCGAUAUUACUGCUUAUACUAGAGAACUAAAGAACAGGCUCGCACGAGGUUUUUUGUUUUCGUUGACUCUUGCUUUUACAGAAACAAAGCCGAUACUUUGUUCAGUUAAUGCAACAACAACAACAACAACAACAUUAUUUAAGUAUUUUUCAUGUAUACUAAAUAUUUAAAUAAUGUCCCAUUAUUGCUGCCUUUCCUUUCCUUUCCAUUCAUAUUUGCGAUUUCCCUCCCCUGGUCAUGCUUUCUUUGACUCUGUGUGUCUCUCGUACCCAGGAAACAAUGCAUAUCGAUAAAUUCACGAAAGUUAUAUUCCUACACGUUUACACCUAAAUGACGUGAUAACAGCGAUGUUGUUACACCCGUUUAAACAAUGGAUGACGAUCGCGUUCCAGAUCCUGUCAUUUUGCAUUCACGUGACCUAAAAAGUCAUUAUGCAUAGUAGUUAUCAUAAUCAGGAAUCUGAAGAAACACCUCUAAAAGGAAAGUUACAAAGAGCAAACAGGGGCAGUAUAAGCAACAAAAACGAAGAGCAAUUACAAAUAGCAACAUAAGCUACUCUUAGGUUUGGAUUAACUUCGCUUGAACCCCAGUGUUAUAUAGUAUCUUUUCCCCUAAAGCAAUGAUUAGGAAAACCAGAAAGGUGUUGAAUCUAGUUACUAUAUACUACAGAAUAAUCCCUGUAUAACGUUAUUGGUUAUAACAUACUUUGGGAUACAGCGUCCUUAAUCGGCGGUCCCUAAAAGUGCGUUGUAUCCGGAUUACACUGUACAUAUUUGUAUCAGCUUUAAACAUUGAAUACCCAGGGCCAGUUUAGAUUAUUAGAAAUGGGAUUGAAUCUUUUAGAGUAAUGAUUGCGGCAUAGGUGUUUACAGAGCACGCUUUCUCGGCAUCCCAAUCUCGAUAUUUACGCGCUUUUUGCUCGUGUAAACGGGGUUCUAGACACUUGAGUUCUCGAUUAAUCUCACAACCAGAGCUAGCUAUCGUAAAGUCAGUUUGCUUAGAACAGGUGUAUUUGUGUUCAAGUAGAAGCCCAUACCGUAAUGAACAUUCAAAAGCAAUCGGGUAGUGAAUAAAUGGUGUUUACGCAGGUGUGUGUUUGAAUGCCGGAUAGCAGCUGACCUGUAUAUUAUUGUAUUUGCACAGCAAACUUCGUCGCGGCAAAGCAGCUCAUUAAGAGCCAAAUGCAGUCAGUUUUGUACUAAAAUAAUUUCUUUAAUCAGGUUUGCUGGCUCUUACGUAUUUUCAUUUAUCAAGAUGAUUUGUUGCAGCAAUCUCUAACAUAACUUCUCUUUACAUUGCAACUGUUGUAACAACUUUUAGCAAUGUGGGAUGAACGUCUUACAAUUCUAUCUGCAAAGCAGUCGGAGCUUAGAAGCCACGAAGAAGCAAUUUUCAUACAGGAUUGUUCAAG